CGUUGCGAUUCCGGUACACGUGAAGGACGUAGGACCGAGCCUAUUUGUUAUUGCCUUUUCAAAGUAAUCAGACCUGCACUACCUUUGAAAAUGCUACCACUAGUUUCAAACACUUCGAAUCCACCUAUUGCGGCACUGCUCACAGCUGAGUAUGUGACAGGAAAGGUCAAAGUUGAAUGGGGGACUUCUAAUACCCUCAAGCUCUCUGAUGCUGUGACCUUGACAACAUCUACUGCCAUCAGUCGUUACUUGGCCAGGACUUCUCCAGGUAGUGGUCUUUAUGGUAAGACUAGCCUGGAAGCAGCUGAGGUUGACCACUGGUUGGACUUUGCUAACAUCCGUGUGGGGUCAUCCUCGGACUUCAACCAAGCUGUGGUCUACCUGGAUAAGAUCCUUGGCCCUAGAACGUUUCUGGUCGGACAUGAGUUGACCAUUGCUGAUCUUGCUGUUUGGGGUGCCCUUAAAGGGAGUAAUCCAUUCAGUAAGAUGAUGUCCCAAGGGAAAGCUCCUACCAAUGUGAUGCGAUGGUUUAGCUUUUUAGCAUCUCAGGAUGAGUUUCAGAAGGUCAUCAAUGCCCUACCAGAGUCUGCUAAACAAGAGCUAAGUAAAUCACAUGAUAGCAAGAAGAAGGAUGUAGGAGGGUAUGUAGAACUACCAGGAGCUGAGAUGGGCAAGGUUGUAGUCAGGUUUCCACCAGAGGCUAGUGGAUAUCUGCAUAUAGGGCAUGCUAAGGCAGCCCUCUUGAAUCAGUAUUAUCAGUUGGCCUUUGAAGGAAAGUUAAUCAUGAGGUUUGAUGAUACCAACCCUGCUAAGGAAAAUGCUGAGUUUGAAAAGGUUAUCCUACAAGAUGUAGCCAUGCUUGGGAUCAAGCCAGACAUCUUCACCCAUACAUCUGAUUCCUUUGAUCUUAUCCAAUCCUACGCUGAGAAGUUGAUCAAAGAAGGCAAAGCCUAUUGUGACGACACCGACCCUGAGCUUAUGAAGAAGGAGAGGGAGCAGAGGACAUACUCAAAGAACUAUGAUAACUCUGUGGAAAAGAAUUUUGAGAUGUGGAAAGAGAUGGUGAAGGGAAGUGAUGUAGGUCAGAAAUGCUGUCUUCGACUUAAGAUUGACAUGAAGUCAGACAAUGGCUGUCUCAGGGAUCCAACUAUCUACCGUUGUAAGAAUGAGGUCCAUGUACGCACCGGUACCAAGUACAAGGUGUAUCCAACUUAUGACUUUGCUUGUCCGAUCGUCGAUAGCGUCGAGGGAGUAACUCAUGCGUUGCGUACAACCGAAUACCAUGACAGAGAUCCACAGUUUGAUUUCAUCAUCGAUGUCUUAGGUUUGCGUAAACCUCAUGUAUGGGAGUAUAGUAGACUCAACCUACAGCAUACCCUACUCUCCAAGCGAAAGCUCACUUGGUUUGUUGACAAUGGAUUGGUAGAUGGAUGGGAUGACCCUCGAUUCCCAACAGUACGUGGUAUCUUAAGAAGAGGUAUGACUGUAGAAGGGCUGAAGCUGUUCAUCAACGCUCAGGGUUCUUCAAGAUCUGUUGUGAUGAUGGAAUGGGAUAAGUUAUGGAGCUUCAAUCGUAAGGUCAUCGACCCCAUUGCCCCAAGGUAUACAGGUGUAGUUCAAGAUGGAGCUGUACCGGUCAUCGUUUCCAAUGCUCCGGAGGAAUGUAAAGAGGUGGCAAAACAUCCAAAGAAUGCUGAUAUUGGCCUGAAGAAGAUGUGGAUUAGUAAGAAGGUCUUCAUUGAUCAGGAGGAUGCCGCCACCUUCUCAGAAGGUCAGACUGUGACCUUCAUCAAUUGGGGUAACCUCAACAUCAAGAAAAUUGUCAAGGCAUCAGACGGUAAAGUUCAGUCAGUUGAGGCAGAGUUUGAUGCAGAUAAUAAGAACUUCAAGAAUACAAUCAAGGUCACAUGGUUGGGUGAAACCGAGAAGGCUCCAUUCAUAGAAGCUGUCAUGAUCCAUUACGAUUACAUUAUCACCAAGGGAAUUCUGGGUAAAGAUGAAGAUUUCAAGGACUAUGUCAACAAGAAAUCAAGGGAGGAUACAAGUAUCCUUGGUGACCCUGAGUUAACAUCUGUAAAGAAAGGUGAUAUCAUCCAGAUCCAGAGGAAAGGUUUCUUCAUUUGUGAUCAGGCUUAUGAACCAACAAGUAGGCACACAAGUCGUGCUACACCGUGUAUCCUGAUCAACAUCCCUGAUGGUCACACUAAGAACCAACCUGCAUCAGCUACACCAAGUGCUCCAGCUGAUAAGAGUAAGAAGCAGCCCAAAGAGACCAAGAAGGAAUCAGUUAAGAGUGCCCCAGCUACCCCUGUGCAAUCUACUGGAGAUGUAGGUGACUUAGUGGCUAAGAUCACUGCUCAAGGUGAUGCUGUCAGAACCCUGAAGAAUAACAAAGCUCAAAAGGCUGAAAUAGAUGCUGCAGUUAAGAUCCUUCUUGCGUUGAAGGCCGAUUACAAGAACCAGACUGGACAGGACUACAAGCCAGGAGCAGCAGCACCUAAAGCCAAAGCUACAGAGACUGGUGAUGUAGAUAACUUAGUGGCAACGAUCACUGAACAAGGAGACAAAGUCAGGACUAUCAAGGCCAAUAAAUCUCCAAAGGAGGAAAUUGAUGCAGCGGUCAAGGUUCUUCUGGCUCUCAAGGCGGACUACAAGAAACUGACUGGCAAAGACUACAAACCAGGAGCAGCUCCUGCCAGUAACAAGGAGAGUGCUCCUGCUGUAAAGAAGGAGAAUGCUCCUGCUGUCAAGAAGGAGGCCGCUCCAGCUGCACCAGGAGGACCGGAGGUAGAGGCCAUUGUUGCAAAGAUCACAGCCCAGGGAGAUCAAGUCCGUAAACUAAAGUCGGAUAAAGCUGACAAGGGAGACAUAGAUGCUGCAGUGAAAGUUCUACUCGCAUUGAAAGCUGACUACAAAGGUGUGACUGGUAUAGACUACAAGCCACCAGGCUCCUCUAGUGAUAAAGGGAAGAGCAAGGAGAAGAAAGAGAAGCAGAAUAAAGCAGCAGGAGGUGGAGCCAAGCAGAAAGGAGCUGGAGCAGAGAGUAAGGAGAGUGCUGGAGCAGCUGAAGGAGAUACCAAGAAGCAGACUAGACUAGGACUAGAAGCAAAGAAAGGGGAAGAUCUCAGUGAAUGGUAUUCACAGGUGAUCACCAAGGCUGAGAUGAUAGAAUACUACGAUGUGAGUGGUUGCUAUGUGCUUCGUCCAUGGUCUUAUUCCAUCUGGGAGAAGAUUGUUGCCUUCUUUGAUGCUGAGAUUAAGAAGCUUGGUGUAGAGAAUACCUACUUCCCCAUCUUUGUAUCCCAGGGUGCAUUGGAACGUGAGAAGGAACAUAUUGCUGACUUUUCACCAGAGGUUGCCUGGGUAACAAGAAGUGGCCAGUCUGAGCUUGCUGAGCCUAUUGCCAUCCGACCAACCAGUGAAACCGUAAUGUACCAGUCAUAUGCCAAGUGGGUUCAGUCUCACAGAGAUCUACCAAUCAAACUCAACCAAUGGUGUAACGUUGUGAGAUGGGAGUUCAAGCAUCCCCAGCCUUUCCUGCGAACCCGUGAGUUCCUGUGGCAGGAAGGUCAUACAGCAUGGGCCAACAAGGAAGAAGCCGUAGAUGAAGUCUACACCAUCCUUGAACUCUAUGCUCAGGUGUAUGAAUACCUUCUAGCUAUCCCAGUGGUGAGAGGACAGAAGACUCUUAAAGAGAAGUUUGCUGGAGGUGAUUUCACUACCACAGUGGAGGCCUUUGUCAAGGCUAGCGGUAGAGCUAUUCAGGGUGCAACAUCUCACCAUCUUGGCCAGAACUUUGCUAAGAUGUUUGAAAUCAAGUUUGAGGAUCCAAAUGUGCCCAACACCCACAAGUAUGUUUACCAGAACUCUUGGGGUCUGACCACAAGAACUAUUGGUGUGAUGUGUAUGGUGCAUGGAGAUGAUAAGGGGUUGGUACUACCACCAAGAGUCGCUGCUGUUCAGGCUAUUGUCAUACCAUGUGGUAUCACAGCCAAGACCACAGAUGAGCAGAGGAAUAAACUCCUAGACAAGUGCCAUGACUAUGUGAAGAUCCUGAAAGCUGGUGGACUAAGAGCUCAGAGUGAUCUUAGAGAUAACUACUCUCCUGGAUGGAAGUUCAACCAUUGGGAACUCAAGGGGGUGCCAGUUCGUAUUGAGGUGGGGCCACGUGACAUGAGCAAGCAGGAGUUCAUCGCUUGCAGACGAGACACCGGAGCCAAGGCCACAUUCCCUGAGGCUGAAUCGGUUGCCAAGGUUACUCAGCUCCUUGAUCAGAUCCAGACUGACAUGUAUGCAAAUGCCAAGAAGGACCUUGAUGAUCACAUUGUAGUGACAAGCUCCUGGAACGAUUUCUGUAACAAACUAGAUGAAAAGAAGCUCCUUCUUGUUCCAUACUGUGGGGAGAUAUCUUGUGAGGAUAAGGUCAAAAAAGAGAGUGCAAGAGACCGAGAUGUUGUAGUUGGGGCUCCCUCUAUGGGUGCGAAGGGAUUGUGCAUUCCUUUCAAACAACCGAAAGAUAUUGCUCCAGGUACACAUUGUAUACUCCCAGACUGCACAAAUGAUGCCAAGAAGUAUACUCUCUUUGGACGCAGCUACUAAGAUGAUCCCUACAUAGGAUCACACCUUGCCUGGAUCACCCUGCCCCAUCCCCACCACACCCAGAUUGUAAGAAUGAUGCCAAGACGUAUACUCUCUUUGGAUGUAGCUACUAAGAUGAUCCCUGUGUAGGAUUACACCUUGCCUGAAUCCCCCUUCCCCACCCCAACCUGAUUCCAUCCUUAUCCAGACUGCAAAACUGCAGAGAUAUAGUUACUAAGAUGAUCCUUGUAUAGUGGUACACUCUCUAGACCCCUCCCCCAUAAAAUGUAGUAACCAAGACUUUAUGUUGUCAACAUAUUUUAGAAGGCAAACCAUUACCAUAUGAGAACCAUCCUAUGAUAUUUCUAUAUGUUAAAUGUCAUAAGGAGUGCAAUACUCAUUCUCCACACAAAUGCUUAGUUCUAAUCAACUCCUACACAAAAUAGAAGAGUGAUAGCUUUUCAAUGAUAUUUGUAAAAUUGUUAGGUAUUAAUAUCCAUUUCCAAUGUAUUCAUAUGAUUAAUGCUUAUUCUACUUAGUCCCCCUCCUUCCACCCCUUCCUCUAUUGAUGUGUUGUCAUAUAACUGAAAUUACCAACGGGUGAUGAACUAAGGCAUUAAUUGGUUAACCAUGUACUUGAAUUGAUUUAGUUUUUAUUUUAGCAAAGUGCCUCACACAGCAAUGUUUUCUGUAAUGAAUGUUCCAUCUUCAUAUGAUUGAACCAGACACAUCUCUCCCCCCCCCCCCCCCUCUCUCUCUCUCUCUUUCUGCUCCAUUACCUGACAGACAAAAUGUUAUUUCUUUGAAAAAGAGAUAUAUGAUACCAUUUCAACAGAGAGAAAAUAUAUAUUGAACAAUUUAUUUCAGGUAUAACACAUAUUUGGAUGAUAUCAGACUUAUGAUAUCAGAUAUCAUAUUAGAUAUAUUUCAUUGAAAAAAAAGUUAUUCAUAUAUGAUUCUCAAGGCUUUACCAAAAGUCAUCUUGAAUACUCACAGUGAGACCUUUUCCUUUUCACAAGUUCCCUUUCUAAAGAUGUUUUUAUUUCUGUUCAUAUUUUCUAGGAAAGAAAUUAUUUGUUCCUUAAAUAAAACCUAAUAAUUAGAUGAGCUAAACUGGUUGGUCAUGAUAUACCGACAACAGUAUAUUAUAUGGUACAAACAUCAAUACCUGUCCAAUCUCUGCACAGCUCUGAACUAUUAUACAAGCAUAUAGAUUUCAAUGAAAAUUAGUCUUUUGCUUCAUCAAUACUAUACAUAAAAGUUUAUUAUAUUACUAUACUGAAGUAACAUGAAGCAGUGGGGUCACAAAGCUCAUAUCUCACAAAAGGAUAAAUAUUCAGGCAGUUAGUGAAAAAGAAAUGACUGUAAUCACAUAUCAUUGCUUUUACUCAGUUUACUUCAUUGUCUUGGUCCUGUGCACAAAGCAAUGGUGCUUUAUUAUAGAAGUUAUACCACUACUUUCACUGGUUAUUAUGUACAUUAAAGUGUUCAAAUCAACUUUGUGAUCAAUCACUGAGCUUGAUGUCACAGCCCCCUGAUAGUAAGCUGUGAUAUGGACUGACAAAUGUUUGACUGAUUUUGGCGAGAUUAAAGAUGAUAUC